AUGGAAAGAAAGGAGAUGAAAACUGUAAAACGAAAGCAAAAACAGAAAAAACCCAUAAAAAUCGCUGCUCUAGUUGUCUCUGCUAUACAAGAUCUUUGCGAAACCAAAGGCUCUACAUCCAAAAGAAUCGAGGGAUAUAUUAGUUAUGCUUCGAGCGUACCUGAAAAACGCAUUAAACAACAAGUGAAGGCGGCCUUGAAACGAGGUGUCGAGCACGGUAUUUUACGAAGAGAUCGCGGUCAUUAUUUUCUCCCGACUGGUGACGAAUUGGAUCGCGCGAAUCGCAUCGCCUCGCGAUUCGCGAGAUUGCCGACGCCCGCAAAGUCGAAAAUCAAUCGUGCCCUCAAGAUAAAGAACCGCAAGGGAUCUCGAGGAAUUGGUAAUAUAGCGCGAAAGAGCAAAAAAGUUGAGAGCACCCCCUCUGUCUCGGCCAGUUCGAGUUUGACGGACAAAAUUGCCGACGAUGCCGUUUCCGUGAUGGAGUGA